UAAUUAUGAAAGGACGUGCGUGUCUUGUGUGUCUGAUACCUUGAUCAAAAAUGUUGAACUUGUUACAGAUUAUUGAUUUUCAAUAUGCUUCGAUUGAAAUUGAAUUUGAAUUAUUGCGAAUGAAAUCAAAAUUUGUUGGAUUCAAAUUGAUAUUUGUUUUCGAAGUGGUUCAGUCAUCGGCAAGUUUGAUCCGUAUCGAAUAAGGCUUGUCCACAAUGGGUGAAGUGUCUCGUUUGUCUCUGUCGUAUUUGCGCGAAGACUUGCGUAUCUUGCGGGGUACUUACUUACGACUUCACUGCUGCCGAGCGACUAUGGGCGAAACGUGCCGCAGACCUAGCCGCACAGGAGUCAGCAUCUGCCGAUGCUAGUAGUCGAAAAUCGAAAUCUUCCGUUGAAACCUCAUCUUCGGGUGGAGGUAAGGCCGCGUUUGUACCGGUGCCGCGUCGGAGUAGUACUAAGAGAAGUUCUACCGGUGAGACUUGUGCUCCACCUGGAAAGGAUGGAAGUACGACGAAGGUCGCAGCGGCGGUUUCGAGUGAAGCCAUAUUGAACGCGGUGAUUCGAAAUUUCGAUCAAACUGGCCCGUCUCCGCCUUGUCGGAUGUAUGCAACUAGUGAUGCUGCGACAUGGACUGUCGCAAAAAUUCGUGAGUUUUUACAGACAGGCUUGCCACUGCGACUUCGAGACUCAACAGCGAUCAUCGACGUCAAAGAAAUGCCGAAAGCGACGCUUGGGCCUUCGUUUCGUUUAUGACGGAAGAUGAGACGCCUUAGACGGAAACCCCUGGUCACAAGUAAUAGCAAACCAGCAGACUGCCGCGGUACAUUAGAAACAUCAGGAGCAGUCGAAUGACCACCAACAACCCAACAACAAGCUAGAUUAGCGGGUAGAAGUCGUCGGGGAAAUCUUAGGCAGAUCGCCGAGUAGAUUAGCAUCAUCAUGACGGAAGACGAGAAAAGGAAUACUAAGCACUCACGUUUUUAAGUAGGUAGAAAGUAUCUAUGUGUAUGUUUCUAGGAUUCUAAGGCCAACUACAAGAAGAUAUUAGCUUUCGAUGUUUUGGAUUCCCGAUUCCGAUAGAGUUCUUUUCACGCGAAACAUUUUAUUCCUCCAAAAGACCCCUCUUUCAUUGUUCGUUCUGUUUCGCAGUCCGCGGGACCGCGAGCAUGUGAUGAGAGCAUUGAGCUGUAAACGUUUAGAUGGCGUUGCCGUACAUUUUGAGGCACCUGUGGGGUCAAUAAAAAACUGCGAAAUCUACGAAAAACUCGAUGUGGAGCCAUGCCUUGGACGUAUUAUUUAAGACAUUUAUAAAUAUAUAGUUUAGAUUUACUCUGACAUUUUUGAGGAAUGGCAUGAAGAAGGGGAAAGCGUGAGGUUUUACGCUGCAAUCAGUUAGAAAAGCCAUACCCUCUCUCAACAAAUAUGAGCACAACUCGAUACAUGAUAUUAGAGGGACAAUUUUUAUAUCUCCUACCUCCACCUCUGGCUCUGACAACUUUCUUAUCAACCCUAGACUCGUCGAAAACGAAAGCCGGAGAAGAGACUCGCCUCCUGGUGGUAAACCUACCAGAGUCGCCCACAGGACUCAAGGAGUUCCUGAAGACAGGUAUACCGCAAGAUCCAAGUGCCUUGGUUGACAUCAACGUUGUCCGAUCUGGAGUGGCAUAUGCCGCUUUUCGGACCGCCCAGGCUGCUUUUCUCUGCGCUCGCGCACUCAGCGGCAAGCGUCUCGGGGCUGCAAAGCACAUCUCUUUUUACGGACCGGCAAGAGGAUUCUAAAAAGUCUGCGCUGACACACUGCUGCACCCAUCAGCACCUUCAUUCAGGGAGAGCAUCUGGUCUUCAAGGUGUAGAAGGAAGACGUAGGACAUAUAUCAUUCUGGUGACUACGACAACAUCAACAUUAGAGUAACUAGUUCCAACGAAGGACAUCAGCAAACAAGACCAAAAGUGGUUUGUUCCUUCAUACACACCUCGCGUGGAACUUCUCGCCAUUUAGAGAUCCACCCUUGUUGUGUUAGCUUUGAAUUCUCAACUGGAAACCUCGCGCAGUCUUUCUCUUUCGUCGUUCUUCA